CUUGGUCCUUCAGAGAACCAAACAUGUACAAGGUUGAUAUGCAGCCCUGGGACUUUCCCAAAGCACCUUCUGUGAUUACAGUUAUGUAUUAUCUUGUUGCAUAAUCUGAUGAAGACCCUAAGGGAGGAACAAACUCCAGCUUUCCUACUGGCAUUCCAAGCCAGCUACCACUGGCAGAUGGAUUCAGGGGUGUGGAUUUAGGCUGAGGCUCCAAGCUCUACCCUUGAUGCUCUGUCUGGGAUUACAAAAUUCCCUUCCUGUUGGAGCAUCUCCAAAUGCUGGGCACCUUUCAAGAAGCAAAAAUAUUUGUUUGGGACACCACUUCCUCCAAAGCAGAAGAUCCAGCACUCUAAGGUUUCAAAAUAGGAAAUGAUCCCUACUACACAGGAAACACUCACCACUGAGGAAUACAUGCUAUAUUCAUCCUAUGGGGAUCUCUAUGAUGAAGAUCUUGAGCCAUGCAACAAAGAAGGAGUGAGGAAUUUUGAGUUGUGGUUCCUUCCCACAUUUUACUCCCUGGUGUUUCUGCUUGGCUUAAUAGAGAACACCCUUGUUGUCCUUGUGCUGCUCAAAUACAAGAGACUGAAAAGCAUGACUGAUAUCUACUUACUCAAUCUUGCAGUCUCUGACCUGCUUUUAGUUUUUGCUCUACCUUUCUGGUCCUAUUAUGUAGUAGAGGAGUGGGUCUUUGGAGAUGGCUUGUGCAGGUUCAUCUCUUGGGUUUAUAUGCUUGGGUUUUACAGUGGGUCAUUUUUUGUCAUGCUCAUGAGCAUCAACAGGUAUCUCGCAGUUGUUCAUGUUGCGUUUGCCUUGAGAGCAAGAAUGGUCAGCUAUGGCAUUCUUGCCAGUCUCGUUGUCUGGCUAGUGUCCAUCUUGGCUGCUCUUCCACAGCUGAUAUUUAGCCAAACCUUUGAUUACUAUACUCAAACCAUAUGUAAGCCAGUGUACCUUGAGAAAAGAUGGAAAAUUUUUACCUCUCUGGAAAUCAAUGUUUUAGGCCUUUUGUUUCCUGUUAUGGUGAUGUUGUUUUGCUACACAAAAAUAGUCAAGACCCUGUUGCUCUGCAGAGAUGAAAAGAAGAAGAAAGCUGAGAAGAUGAUAUUUGCUGUUGUGAUUGUGUUUUUCCUGUUUCAGGCUCCUUAUCACAUCGUACUUUUACUACGAUGUUUGUAUGAUGUCGGCAUUUUUAGAGGGUGUCUAAUCAGCCAAAACCUGGACUAUGCAUCUCAGGCAACUCAAACGCUAGCAUUUUUUCACUGUUGUCUCAAUCCAAUCAUCUACUUCUUCAUGGGGCAAAAGUUCAAGAAAUGCAUCAAGUUGCUCUUUAAGAGUUGCAUCUCUUCUGGAAUACUUUGCAGGACUUGUGAACUUUCUGACACUUUCCACACCGAGUCAUCAGGCUCACUCUACAAUCAGUCCACAAGUGAUGAGACGCCCCUCUGA